AGCUACUAAAGCUGACACCCACAGGGUUAAACCUAGUUGCUAAAGCCACCUCCUCCUGUAGUCCCCCAUUUUUCUGUAGGCUGGCAGCUGUCCUAACUGCCUACUGAAGCCAAAUGCUCGAGGAGAGAGAGAGUAAGGAGCCAGCCAUGAAUUCCUUCCAGAAAAAUGAGUCCAAGGAAACUCUUUUUUCACCUGUCUCCACCGAAGAAGUACCAUCUCAGUCCCUCAGCACUUCCAAGAAGCCAUCUCCGAAAAUCUGUGGCUCCAACUAUCCACUGAGCAUCGUCUUCAUUGUGGUGAAUGAAUUCUGCGAGCGGUUUUCCUAUUAUGGCAUGAAAGCUGUGCUGACCCUGUAUUUCCUGUAUUUUCUGCACUGGAGUGAAGACACCUCUACGUCUGUUUACCAUGCCUUCAGCAGCCUCUGUUAUUUCACUCCCAUCCUGGGAGCAGCCAUUGCUGAUUCAUGGUUGGGAAAAUUCAAGACAAUCAUUUAUCUCUCCUUGGUGUAUGUACUUGGCCACGUGAUCAAGUCUUUGGGUGCCUUACCAAUCAUUGGAGAACAAGUGGUACACACAAUCCUUUCAUUGGUCGGCCUGAGUCUAAUAGCUUUGGGGACAGGAGGCAUCAAACCCUGCGUGGCAGCUUUUGGUGGAGACCAAUUUGAAGAAAAACAUGCAGAGGAACGGACGAGAUACUUCUCGGUGUUCUACCUCUCCAUCAACGCAGGGAGCUUGAUUUCUACAUUUGUCACACCCAUGCUGAGAGGAGAUGUGCAGUGUUUUGGAGAUCACUGCUAUGCAUUGGCUUUUGGAGUUCCAGGAUUGCUCAUGUUGAUAGCACUUGUUGUGUUCGCAAUGGGAAGCAAAAUGUACAGAAAACCACCUCCUGAAGGAAACAUAGUGGCUCAAGUUGUCAAGUGUAUCUGGUUUGCUAUUUCCAACCGUUUCAAGAACCGUUCUGGAGACAUUCCAAAGCGACAGCACUGGCUGGACUGGGCAGCUGAGAAAUAUCCAAAGCAGCUUAUUAAUGACGUGAAGUCGCUGACUAGGGUAUUGUUCCUUUAUAUCCCGUUGCCCAUGUUCUGGGCUCUUCUGGAUCAGCAGGGCUCACGAUGGACUUUGCAAGCGACCAGGAUGAAUGGGAAUUUGGGAUUUUUUGUGCUUCAGCCUGACCAGAUGCAGGUACUGAACCCCUUUCUGGUUCUUAUCUUCAUCCCGCUGUUUGAUCUUGUCAUUUACCGACUGGUUGCCAAGUGUGGAAUUAACUUGUCAUCACUUAGGAAAAUGGCUGUUGGUAUGAUCCUUGCAUGUCUGGCAUUUGCAGCUGCGGCAGCUGUAGAGAUAAAAAUAAACGAAAUGGCCCCAUCCCAGCCAGUUUCUCGAGAGAGUUUCCUGCAAAUCUUGAAUGUAGCAGCUGAUGAGGUGAAAGUGACAGUACUAGGAAAUGAAAAUAAUUCUCUAUUGGUAGAGUCCAUCAAAUCCUUUCAGAAAACACCACACUAUUUCAAACUGCACUUGAGCACAAAAAGCCAGGAUUUGCGCUUCCACCUGAAAUAUCAGAAUCUAUCUAUCUACACUGAGCAUUCUGUGGAGGAGAAGAACUGGUAUAGCCUGCUCAUUCAUGAGGAUGGGAAAAGUAUCUCCAGCAUGAUGGUGAAGGAUGUAGAAAACAAAACAACCAGUGGGAUUACAGCCGUCAGGUUCGUUAACACUUUGAAUAAAGAUGUCAACAUCUCCCUGGGUACAGACAUCUCCAUCAGUGUUGCUGAAGAUUAUGGUGUAUCUGCUUACAGAACCGUGCAAAGAGGAGAAUACCCUGCCGUGCAUUGUAGAACAGAAGAUAAGGACUUUUUUCUGAAUUUGGGUCUACUAGACUUUGGUGCAGCAUACCUGUUUGUGAUUACUAAUAGCACCAAUAAGGGUCUCCAGGUCUGGAAGAUGGAAGAUAUUCCAGCCAACAAAGUUUCCAUUGCAUGGCAGCUCCCACAGUAUGCCCUGGUUACAGCUGGGGAGGUCAUGUUCUCUGUCACAGGACUUGAGUUUUCUUAUUCUCAGGCUCCUGCUAGCAUGAAAUCUGUACUCCAGGCAGCCUGGUUGUUGACAGUGGCAGUCGGCAAUAUCAUUGUGCUUGUGGUGGCACAGUUCAGUAGCCUGGUACAGUGGGCUGAAUUCAUUUUGUUUGCCUGCCUUCUGCUGGUGGUCUUCCUGAUCUUCUCCAUCAUGGCCUACUAUUACAUUCCUGUAACUGCAGAGAAAAUUCAGGGGUCGGAAGAUAAGAAGAUUCCCCAUAUCCAAGGAGACAUGAUCAACCUAGAAACGCAGAAGACCAAGCUCUGAUGACUCCCUGGACUCUAACCUGACCCCAGGUCCUAGCCAUGGGCUUACCCAUCACUCAUUCUCAAGCAUUGUUCCCCCUCUACUGGAUUAGGCAAAGAGGUAGCGUCAUAUCUGAGCUGACUUCCUGCACCUUUCUCCCAUGAUAGAGGCAGUUCGAGGACAGUUGGUUAUGUCUUCGAACAAGAUCCCUGAGACUCAGUGUCUUCCCUUCUUUUUGUGAACUCAGUAAACCUUGUAUAGUGUUU